AUGGGUUGCAUUUGCGCCACCGCGCGUUCUUCAAACGCCGCCGUUGCCAAUAAUGAGCUAAUGGAUUCAAGCAAUUCCAUCAUGCAUCUUAUGCCUCAUCCUCCGUCUUCCUCGUCCUCUUUAUCCAAAAAGGAAGUAGGAUCUUUCAGACGUCAGACUUCUGCAGCUUCCAUAACCGUCGUGGCUAAUGGUUAUCCAGUGGUGCGUCGUCCCUCCACGUCAUCUGAUCGAAGCAGCACCAAGAAAGCGGUUACUGUGGGAGCUCCGACCAGGAACCCCACCAGAAGAGUCACGGCUAUGCCGGCAGUGCAACAGCAACAGCAGCCAGGGCGUUUGAUUGGAACUAAAACGGAACCCACUAGCGGAGAAUGGCCGUCUUGGUUGGCUUCUGUAGCUGGAGAAGCUAUCAAAGGAUGGGUUCCUCGCUGCGCAGAUUCUUAUGAGAAGUUAGACAAAAUUGGACAGGGGACUUACAGCAGCGUGUACAAAGCCAGAGACCUGGAAACGGGAAAGAUCGUGGCGAUGAAGAAAGUUCGGUUUGUGAAUAUGGACCCAGAGAGUGUCCGGUUUAUGGCUAGGGAGAUUCUCAUUCUUCGUAAGCUUGAUCACCCCAAUGUUAUGAAGCUUGAAGGUCUAGUCACCUCUAGACUCUCAAGUAGUCUCUACCUUGUUUUUGAGUACAUGGAGCACGAUCUCGCAGGUCUAGCCGCAACUCCUGGAAUCAAAUUCUCUGAAUCUCAGAUCAAGUGCUAUAUGCAACAGCUGUUUCGUGGUCUUGAACAUUGCCACAGACGAGGAAUCCUCCACCGUGAUAUCAAGGGAUCUAAUCUCUUGAUUAACAACGAAGGUGUUUUGAAAAUUGGUGACUUCGGAUUGGCAAAUUUUUACCGUGGUAAUGGAGAUAUGCAGCUGACAAGCCGAGUUGUAACCUUAUGGUACAGAGCGCCUGAGCUGUUGCUCGGUGUCACUGAGUAUGGACCAGCUAUAGACCUGUGGAGUGCCGGCUGCAUUCUCGCUGAGCUCUUUGCCGGAAAGCCUAUUAUGCCAGGACGCACAGAAGUGGAGCAGAUGCACAAGAUCUUUAAGCUAUGUGGUUCACCCUCAGAAGAUUACUGGAGAAGAGCAACUCUGCCACUUGCAACAAUCUUUAAACCUAGUCACCCUUACAAACCUGUUCUUGCUGAAACCUUUAGUCAUUUCCCUGCAUCAGCUAUGACCCUCAUCAAUAAGCUACUGGAAAUAGAACCUGAGAAACGUGGAUCAGCUGUUUCAUCCUUGAGAAGCGAAUUUUUCAACACGGAGCCCCUCCCAGCUAUUCCAUCAAGCUUGCCUAGAUACCCACCAAGCAAGGAACUUGACGCUAAGCUUCGCAACGAAGAAGAAAGAAAACUAAGGGCAGAGGAUAACAAGAGAAGAGGAGGAGAGACUGUGACAAGAGGACGACCAAAAGAUCUUAAAAGUACCCAGACACCUGAGCUUAUGGCCAGAGGGCAGUCUAAGGUCACAUGCAUCAGCCAUAAGUUCAAAACAGACGAGGAAGGUGGCACCGGGUUUAGGAUUGAACCACCAAGAAGAGGGAUCCAGCAGAAUGGUUACGCUCAUGCUUCUUCUAUGGUUCAUCCAAGUGUUGCUAAUUCAGAAUGGAACAUAGGUGGUGGGAGCAUCAAAAGGAAAACUAAUGCGGAGCUGAAGUCUAGGAUAUCGCAAACAGGAAACGUGUCUGGUGACUCUUGUAGGAGAGCUUCCAAAAGAGAUUACUCAACCGGAAACGCACCAAGGAAGAACAGAAUCCAUUACUCAGGACCGUUGAUGCCUCCUGGUGGAAAUCUUGAAGAAAUGCUCAAAGAGCACGAGAAGCAGAUCCAACAAGCUGUCCGCAAAGCCCGUGUCGAAAAUUCUGCAUCUAAUAAAACAAGGCAGCAGCAGCGUUACACGGGAACAGAUGCUCGGUAGCUAAAGAGAGAGCGAGAGAAAAAGGAACAAG